AUGGUCUUAUCAACCGUGCAAGUCAUCACGAUGAGAGCUUUUCUUCUCCUUCUACUAAGCAAUUUGCCUAAUUUCAGCUGUUGCUGGGUACCCAUGUAUGCACCAUGCCGUGCCCUUCACCGACGUUCGACAAAAAUUGGCGUGAAAAACAUCCUUUCGGAUAUUGGGGACAUGCUGUUUGGCGGAGACCUGGUACCGCAAGCGACCUUGCCCUACGGAAAAUCAUUGGACGUGGUCAACGCGGACGAAUCGACCGUCUACGCGGUACAGGAACGUGGGAUCAGCUUCUCGGGUGAGGACUUUGACGUAUGGGACACGUUUACGAAUACGCAAAGGUACUGGGUGCGCGGCGCGAUGCUCCAUCUUCCUGGCAAGGAUAAGAUGAGAAUCCUGGGACCCGAUAGUCAAGUCAAAGCAAUACUGGAGCGCAAAAUGCCGUCAUUAAAACCAACCUACGAUAUUUACCGAGGAUACGGCAACGAAAAGAUUGGUUGGAUAGAGAAGAAGACAUUUGCGUUGAUGGAUACGUUUGAAGUGUUUGUUGAAGCCGAAAAGAGAGGACCGUUCGGUUCGUCAACGCCCGCAUUCAAGAUCGAAGGUGACUUUCUAGAUUACCGAUUCUCUUUUAAAAACUCGAAGGAAGAAGUUGUUGCGAAGGUGAAGAAAGACGGAUGGGUUCAGUUUGACGCGUUUAACCACUAUCAAAUCGAGGUUGCCCCAGGAAUGGAUCCGUUGCUUGUAAUUGCAUGUGCGUGCGCUAUCGACGAAGAAUUUGACGAGGAGCACAAAAAAGAAAGCUUAGCGAAGAAAGAUUGAUAAUAUUUCCAGGCCAGGCUAGUAGAGCCAAAAUAGCAGGUCGCUCCGCUAUCAUACAUUUACAAUUACUACCGGAUAAGCAAUAUCGACUUACAAGGACAAUCAUAA